CUGUCUGCGCUUCUAUGGCAACGCAAUAGAUUAUCCAUCCCCGUGCACGUUACCACAACUGGACAUCUUUUGCACAGUGGAUCAAUGACGGGAAACGACCGCGUAAUCGCGUUUUGAGCUCGGUAACGUGUGUUUGAAGAGUACUUUGAAGAGGACGUUGCGAUGAUUUGUCAUUGAAGCGCACGUCUGAUUGUUUCUCAUUCAGACACGUCCGCGCGUCUCCCCGCAUCCAGUGUGCGCGCUUUGAUUCUGCGCUCUCGGUGUCUGGUAUUACAAGAGCGUACGGAUGCAGCGGGAUGCAUUCGUAUUGUACAUUCAUAUUUUUGACGACUAUACGCAAACUAAGUAGCCUAUAAUGUGCGUUUUCCGCAUUCGUCUUAGUUCUCGCAAAUGCUACGGACUGUGAUUUGUAAGGUGGUCGUUUUUAACUCACAAUGGAUAAGGUGCAUUUUUCCAUGCGCAAACGGCUCUACAGCUUGCCACAUCAGUUUGGGAACAGGGGUGCCGUGACACGAGACGGCGAAGACGGCGACAAGGACACCCGCAGGAAGAGUGUCAAAAUGAAGCAUCUUCCGUCACCUUCCUCCAUAGGGAGCACUAAAGGUGUCGGCGAGGCCAAGAGCGGAGACGCGGAGACCGAUGUGGGGAGACCUUUCCGAACCAACGUGAACGGCGACUGCCGGAGGUUUAGGGGCAGUCUGUCAUCCAUCACCAGCCGGCAUGCCCCAGACGCGGAUUUGGCGGAGCAAAGGCACCUCAUCACCGAGGGGGAUGCCAGCCCUGAGGGAGACAGUCCCUUGGAGCAACCCGAAUCUGAGGAGAGCCAGGGCGCGCGGGGUGGUGGUGGCGAGGGGUCACAACAGGCGUCCUCUGAAGAACAGAGUUUUAUAAAGUUGGAGGGUAUCGAUCAGAUCAUGCCGGACGAUGAGAGGUUAUACCAGGCUGGGUUUAUGCACAGGCAGUUUGGAGCGAUACUUCAACCGGGGGUCAACAAGUUCUCGCUUCGAAUGUUCGGGAGCGAAAAGGCUGUGGAGCGCGAACAGGAACGGGUCAAAUCCGCAGGCUUUUGGAUUAUUCAUCCGUACAGUGACUUCAGGUUCUACUGGGACCUGAUCAUGCUCCUCCUGAUGGUCGGUAACUUGAUCAUCAUCCCGGUAGGCAUCACUUUCUUUAAAGACGAGCACACCCCCGCCUGGAUAGUCUUUAACGUGGUCUCCGACACAUUUUUCCUGGUGGACCUUGUAUUGAACUUCCGCACGGGGAUCGUUAAGGAAGACAGCACGGAAAUCAUCCUGGACCCUCAGCAGAUCAAGGUGAAGUACUUGCGUAGCUGGUUUGCGGUGGAUUUCAUCUCUUCAAUCCCUGUGGAUUACAUCUUUCUUAUUGUGGAGACGCGCAUCGACUCGGACUUCUACAAGACGGCGCGAGCGCUGAGGAUUGUGCGUUUUACUAAAAUACUCAGUCUGCUGAGGCUGCUGAGAUUGUCCAGACUGAUUCGAUAUAUCCACCAAUGGGAGGAGAUAUUUCACAUGACCUAUGAUCUUGCCAGUGCCAUGGUGCGCAUUGUGAAUCUGAUUGGAAUGAUGCUGCUGUUGUGCCACUGGGACGGGUGCUUACAGUUUCUCGUGCCCAUGCUGCAGGACUUUCCAACGGACUGCUGGGUGUCCAAAAACAAAAUGGUGAAUGACACGUGGGGUCAGCAGUACUCUUACGCCCUCUUUAAGGCCAUGAGCCACAUGCUGUGCAUCGGCUAUGGCAUGUACCCUCCCGUGGGCAUGACGGAUGUUUGGCUGACCAUCCUCAGCAUGAUUGUGGGCGCAACCUGUUAUGCCAUGUUUGUGGGCCACGCUACUGCCCUCAUUCAAUCAUUGGACUCCUCCAGACGGCAGUACCAGGAGAAGUACAAACAGGUGGAGCAGUACAUGUCCUUCCACAAACUUCCAGCAGACAUGCGACAGAGGAUCCAUGACUAUUAUGAGCAUCGCUAUCAGGGCAAGAUGUUUGAUGAGGAGAGCAUUCUGGGCGAAUUGAAUGAACCGCUCCGAGAGGAAAUCAUCAGUUUCAACUGUCGAAAGCUUGUGGCCACAAUGCCCUUGUUUGCCAAUGCGGAUCCCAACUUUGUGACCUCCAUGCUCACCAAGUUGCGUUUCGAAGUGUUCCAGCCAGGAGAUUACAUUAUCAGAGAAGGGACUGUGGGAAAAAAGAUGUAUUUCAUCCAACACGGCGUACUAACCGUCCUGACAAAGGGCAGCAAUGAGACAAAGAUCUCAGAUGGUUCCUACUUUGGAGAGAUCUGCUUGCUGACCCGAGGUAGAAGAACAGCCAGUGUCAGAGCGGAUACAUACUGUCGUCUUUACUCACUCUCUGUGGACCAUUUCAACGAGGUGUUGGAGGAGUACCCUAUGAUGCGACGUGCUUUUGAGACUGUGGCUCUCGAUCGCCUUGACCGCAUAGGAAAGAGGAACUCUGUGCUCCAGCACAAGGUCCAGCGAGAUCUGAAUUCCGGAGUGCUGAACUAUCAAGAGAACGAGAUCAUCCAGCAGAUCGUGCAGCAUGAUAGGGACAUGGCUCAUUGUGCCCACCUGAUGCAAACACCUCCCCCAGCUCCUCAUCCUGCACCUACACCAUCCCACACUCCUGUCAUCUGGGCGCCUCUUAUCCAAGCUCCUCUACAAGCUGCUGCAGCUACCACUUCGGUCGCCAUUGCCCUGACUCGCCACCCCCAUUUGCCUCAUACGCUGUUCCGUCCCCCUGUCCCACUGCUUGGUUCUUUGAAGGACCAGCCAGGGUAUGUAAAACACUUUUCAAUGGCUCUGUCGGGUGUUGCUGCAUUUGGUGGCUCCUCAUCAGCUAGCUCACAGUUGAGCUCUUGUUUAGAGACCCCAAUUUUGGACACACUCAGGACAGAGAGAUCAUCUACCUCCACCCCUCCACCACCGUCCUCCAGCUCUCUGCCAUCCACAAUCACAACAACCAUUACCACCACCACCUCCAGCAUCAAAGAGUCUUCCAUGAACCCCUAUAGACCCUUUUCCUCCCAGGGGUCCAAAGACUUUAGUGUUGCCCAGCUUCAUUCUCAGCCAACUCAGUUUCCUCAGGCCUCCUUUCCCAGCAUAGCUGCAUCCCUUCCUCGGUUCUUCCAAAAAGGAGCAGUUGGGAGGGAGGCUGUCCAGCUUCAAAUUCCUCCAGUUUCUACCCUUACCCCUUUGAUAGCACACUCAGUGAGUCCCAUACUGACCCAGCUGCAUUCGGCUCAGCCUAAUCCUCAACCAACAAAACCCAGUCAGGACAUACUGACCCAGCUGCAUUCGGCUCAACAUAAUCCUCAACCAACAAAACCCAGUCAGGACUUAAAUAAACUUACUAGGACAGCUUCCCAGUCUCCUGUAAUGGAGUCCCCUGUCUGCUCCAAGAGCAUCUUAGAACAAGUCCCAAUUGUCCAAUACCAGGACACUCAUGGUGGUCUACAGCCAGAUCCUUUCUCCCAGUUUUCCCAAGAACCAUCUGCUCUUGCUUCCUUAGCACAGUACGGGUCAGGAAAUGCAUCACCAUGUAGCACUCCUUCUGCUUGGAGCCCCACAUGCCAGAGUCCUACAGUGGAGAAGAUGAGGAUGUCAAUGCAUAGUCAUCCUGCUAGCAUCUCCGGAUCUCAAAGCUCACUCCUAACCCCUCAGACACUUUUUCCUCCACCAUCCCAACCUAGAGAAAGGGGUGGAUCACUGGUUGAUCUACCUUCCCAGGACUUAAGCAUCCUUUCCAUGUCUCUCCCAACCCCAGGACUACCUGAAAAAUCUAAGCUGGUUGGACAAGGACCACAACCCCCAGACUUAUCCCAGCCUAGAGGAUUAGCUUCAGGUUUCUCACCUCUACCCUCGCCCCCCACCCUUAUCAAACCAUUUAGCUCAAUACCUGGUCAUGUUGUCCUAUCAAGACAAACUUCAAAGUUGUCCAUUGCUCAGACUGGGUCCUCGGGUGGAUCACCAGCCCAUUUGUCUAGUGAUAGGUCCACCCCUGGGACACCAACUUUGCACCCAAAGCUCCCAUCGAACUUGUGAGAAUGGGCUACACCCUCCUAUAACGAGUGACCUAGGUUGUUUUUAAUAGCCGGAAUAAACUAUCAAAAACUACACUGAAGGAGGAGGGUGUAUCUUGGUCUAUCUGGAGUACUUGGUCUACAAUGACUUUCCUAUUUGUUAAGCCAAAAGAAAGAACGGACUAACAAGACUGAGCAAAGAAUAAAAAUGUGACUUAAAAUUGUCUUCCAAGUUCUGUCAUUGAUUUUUGCAAUAUUAUUGUCUAAUGAUAAGACUGUAUAGGGAUAUGCAACUUACAACUUCCCAAAAAACAAGAAAAAACCUAACAAAAAACAAAACAGUUUCUUCAGAGUAAUAAUUCUAAGAAGCGUAUGUUUGUUUGUGAAUUUGUGAGCGUUUGAGUGAUUGCUUAUUAUUGUCAUAUUAUUAUAGUAUGCUCUUUUUAAAGGAGGGAAAUGUGAUGGGUCAAAGCUACAUUCAUCAGUCUAGCAUCAUCUGUCACUGUAAAAGAACACAUCGUACUGGUCUUUUCAGGCAGGUGGCACAGAUACACACAUACACAAACAUACACAGAUUUAUACACAUGCACAAACAAACCCCACCCCUCAGCAUCCCAGUUACCUAGAUCUAAUAUUUUAUUUCCACUAGACCUUGACCCCAUACAUACCUCCUUACUGAUGAAGAGGUACUGCUCAGUAUCUAUGGCCUUUCCUGUUAUAUUGCCUUAGUGUCUGAACACCAGGGAAUAACACCCUCACUUCCACAACAGAACAGAGAACAUUAAGAAUGUUUUCCAAUCAUUUUGUAUGCGCUUUGUAUGUAAAUUUGUGCAGUACUUAAGCAAUAAAACGGUAUGCUUGGUUUUGUACGUGCACAAAAGGUUGAUCUGUAAAUUGCAGAUAUCUUCCUGUCAAACAAAAGAUAAUGGAUGAUUGUGAGAAUGACAACGACACUACUAUGACGUAGUUAUUUAAAAAGCCCACUGCAUUUACCAAAGCUUACUAGUUAAGAACUGUAAUAACAAAGUCACGUUUAAUUCUGCUUUGUGUGUUUUAAAAGGUGCAAUGUGUAAAUUUUAGGAGGUUCUACUGACUGAAAUGCUAUAUAUUAUACACAACUAUUUGUUUAGCUUACCUAAUUAACCGUUAUGUUUUUAUUGCCUUAGAAUGAGCCGUCUUUAUCUGCAUACAUCGCGGGGUCCCCUUACAUGGAAGACGCCAGUUUGCGCGGUUUCUACAGUAGCCAUAAUCAGACAAACUGCUCUACAGAGCAUGUUUUGUCACUAGGUUGUCUCAGACAAUGACAUGUUUGUUCUGUGACGCUACCGUAGCUUCUCUAUGCAUUUCGAAAGAGGGGGUGAGCUGCGGACUGAGGGCGCACUUACACUAUCCAAAUCAAACUGCGCCUGGGUGCAUUUGACUAGUCACUAGUGUCAUCUCUGUGUGAUCACUAGUGUGAUCUACCUUGCCUGGGCACGUUUUGGUUAAUUAUGCCUUGGGCGGCUUGCCGAGGAAGGCUUGAGGGUGGUUCACUUGGGCUUAGGCACGGAACGUCAAUUGCGCAACCACUCACCUUCAUCUGCCUUCGUAAAAACCUUUUAAUGCACGCAGCAGGGUUACGUGAAUGUUUGGGCUGCACACGUGACAGAUCAACUAAGCAAUUGAGAGGGCUGUGUGUCAUCGUGCAAUGCACCAAAAACAAACUUAACAUUACGAAAGGCUCCAGUGUUAAGCGCUUUACUUCCCGUUUUCUUCAAAACAAUCGCAUCCUAAUGACGAAAGCAUCCCCCGGCUCGGAUAGCUCAAAGUACAGUGCGACUGCGUGCUUCUGGGGGAGUUGGGAGGGGGGACAAUGCCGCUGGAGCACAGUUUGGUUGGGUUAAGGGCUCGUUAUAGUUGUGCGUAGGUCCUACGGCGUAACCGCGACUGCGUAGGUUUCACGUCGGUUUUCAUUUAUACUUUUGCGUCGUCGUCCGCGUCCACGUGAAAACGCACGCACAGACCGCUGGUAGGCAGUAUCCACGCGUGUAACCACAGAAUCUUGGCAAGUUAACCCACAAACAAAGAAGAAACAGCAACUUGUUGUGUAUGAUUUGAGAAGACCAGCAAUGAUGGAAGUAAAUAAACAGCGACUUUUGUUGCAGUUUGAGUUAAAUCACUCCUCAACCCUCGCAAAUGGAAAUACCUAUGACGCAGUUUUUUUUACCUGAUGGGAGGGGUUCUGGUGGACCAAUCACAGUGCUUGCGGUCUCCGCAUAGAACUGACAAGUUUCUAAAAAUUUGCGAGGUGCACGUACGGAUAACCUACGGCGUAAAGCUUACACACGACUAUAAAUCGGGCUUUAGCCCUAUUGUGAGUGCGCCUUGAGCCUUUUGUUGCAAUUUGCAACCUCACCACUAGAUACUGCUAAAAUCUACACAGUGCACCUAAUUUACAUUUUACAUCUGUUUAGACACUCUAAAAUGCACAUUUUCUCAAAUGCUGUAUGCCUAUACACAAUUUGCAUGAUGUUGUAUAUGCUUUCUGGUUGUGCAAUAUCUGUUUUGUUUAGUAUGUAUUAUAAUUUAUAUCUGUAAAACUAAAGGGUUUUGACAAAUCAAGGUGCAUUACAGCAAUUAACGAACAAAACACUGAAAUGUAAUCAUUAUUUAAGGUAGCACCUGCUAGGAUAUGCCAUAUGAUAAAAGGAAGAUUAAUAUUUUUCUAAGUGUCCUUCCUUUAAGCAAAGCUUACACAGGUAGACAAUGAAAAUCCCCUUCCUUGUCCCAGGUUAUCAUAAAUAUAGUAUUAUUUAUAUGAUUUUAAAAUACAUGUGUGUGUGUGUGUAUACAUCUAUUUAUUGUGUAUGUGUUUAUUUGCUUUGUUAAUCUAUGUAUUCAUCAUAAUUUAAUCUACCAGAAUAUACUGUCAUUACAUUAUUUCAAUUUUGUUUCAUCCUUGCAAUAUGCAUUUCAUUAUCAUAUCUUUAUUUUCAUUUUCAGACCCCGAUUUCUAAAUUUGUUCCCUGCAUUGAAGCUGGAAAAAUUGCACUCAAAAUGCAAAAGAGAGUGGGAUGUGUAACGAAUCAAUGACAUUUUUGUUGGUAUUACAGACCACAUGAUGCAUUACACUGUAAUAUUUCUUUGUCAGCUCUGUGUGCGUGUGCGCAUGUAAUGGGCAUUUAUGUUGUAGCAUUUAUGAUAUUCUUUAAUAUUGUUUACCAUAGCCAAAGUGAAGUAUCAUAUGAUUGUUAUACAGUAGCAUUUUUAUCGCACUAACAGCCUGGAUUCAUAAAGAUGUGGUUGAGUAUUGUUGACCUGUGAAAUCAUAAAGGAUUAUGUAGCUCACUGUUUUUGCAUCUCAAGAAUUUAACCAAAAAAAUGAACGUAUUAUGGUAAAUGUAUGGCAAGAACUGUGUGCCAUAUUUAUAAUGGACAUAGAUCCGAUCUAUACAAAAAUAAUUGUUCUUCCAUCUCAACCAGCUUACUAUAUACCCCUCAAGAUUAUUCAUGCUGUAUCUUUCCCAAGUGGAACGAGUAUUUCUGUUUCUUUUCAUUUUUUUCCGUUACUGGGUGACCAAGCCUGUCAUGUUUGAUCAUUUUUUCACUGUAUCACGAUUAUAAAAAAUGAUAUAAUUAUGGUAACUAUGUAAUAUGACUAACAUGCUUCAAAAUCAAAAUGUGACAAAAUAUAACGUUCCUCACCAAUACUGAAUAAUCACAUAUGUAAGAACAUUUGCGAGUAUAGCUCAAUGAUAUUUCAUUUACACUAUGUUAACCUAUGAAUAAUUGUAUAAAUUAAAAUUUUAUUGUUUGCGUUU